AUGUCUGAACAAGCAAACAAAUUCUCUAGAAGACAGCGAUUAUUUGAUAUGGUUAAAACCACCAAAGAUGUUUAUAUCCCAUCGUUAUCAUCCACAAUAACUCAAUUGGCAAGUGAAGCAACUAAUAAGGCGCUUAACUAUAAUGAAACUGAUAGUGCUAUACCCAACAAGAAUUAUCAAGGUGCUCAAAUCUUACUUUAUCCUCAUUUUACAAGACAAGGUGAUAAUGGAGAAGAUUUCUAUACACAAGUUCAUGGCUGGGUUUAUGCUUCUGAUGGGUCAUCCAGAAAGAAAAGAAUCAUAAUGUCAUUAGCAAGACAAUUAUGUAAAUCAAAUAAUGCAGUCGUAUCAGAUGCUACAGCAGGCCAAUUAGAUGAACAAAUCAAUAGUAUCCAAGAUCAACCACAAUCUGAUUCUGCGUCAUUGGCUUCUUCUGAUGUGUCCUCUGUGAGAAGGACCGGUACUGCUUCAAGUGCAGGCUCCUUAAGUGAUGGUCCACCAUCUUCUGCAAGUUCUGAUACUGAUGAGGUUUUGAAAGAAAGAAUUGCAAAUUUUGUAAACAGAUCUAUUGGAAAUCUCGAAUUGAAUAUUGCAAUUGGUGGUUCAAAAAGAGAUGAGAUCAAAACUUUGAAAAUUUUAACUGAUAAUAAUGGGAAUUUUAAUCUUGAUGUUGUUACAAAUUUCAAACCAAGCUAUGUUCAAGUUGCAGUCAGCGAAGAUGAAAAAAUAUUUGAAUUCAAAGAUGUAUUGUUUCCUGGUAAAAACAAAUAUGCUAUAGUCAGUGAUAUUGAUGAUACAAUAAAAGUCACAGGUGUGUGUGGUGAUAAAAGAAGUAUUUUCAGAAACACUUUUGCUGAUGAUAUGUCAACAUGGGAAGUACCCGGUGUUGCAGAUUGGUUCAGAUUUUUAAAUCAAAAGUAUGAUGUUUCAUUUUUCUAUGUUUCAAAUAGUCCCUAUCAGUUAUAUUCAAAUUUAAUGAAAUUCUUUAAAAUGUUUGAUUUCCCUCCUGGUGCAAUUUAUUUGAAAAGAUAUACAGGGAACAUCUUAAACUCAUUCAUGGAACCUUCUCAUGCUAGGAAGAAAGUUCCAUUAGAGAGAAUAUUUGACCAUUUCUCUGAUAAGAAAUUUUUCUUGAUUGGUGAUACUUCGGAACAAGAUCUUGAAGCGUAUGUUGAUAUUGCUCGUCUGCAUCCUGAGAAAGUUGCUGGUAUUUUUUUGAGAGUGGCUCCAAAUUCUAUAAAUAUUGAUACACUGAAAUUAGUUUUGGAUAUCUUGAAUAAGAGAAACCUCUCUGAGAGUGAUAAGAAAUUUGUGGAAAAAAUUGAAAAAGUCAAACAUGAGAAGGAUCUAAUAGAUUUGAAUGAUGAGGAAGAUAUCAUCUCAAAAGAACAAGCUUCAAAGGAAAACUUGCAAAGAUUGGUUAAAGAAUCUGAAGAAAAAUCUGAAAAAGUUGUUAAAAAUUUAAUUGAUUUAGAGGAAGGUUCUGAUGAUUUUGCAAAGAAAAAUAUUGAUGAAAAAAGAAAACCACCAACGAUUCCUAAAAAGCCUCAAUCUCUUAGAACAAAGCCUGAGUCACCACCUCCAUCAUCCUCAUCUACAAAUGCAUCUUCAGAUCUAAAUCCACCAACAUUACCUAAACGCCCAGUUCCAACACCACCACCAAGAUCUAAGCUUGCGUCAUUUACUUCAAAGACUCUGUCUGCUGCUAAAUCAUUCAAUUCAGAUGUCCCAUUCAAUGAAGAAACAAAUGAUGAAUGGAUAAGUCGUAUUUUGACUUCACUGAUUGUUUUGAAAAAAGCUGGAAAUAUAAAAUUGAAGUUAUAUAAUGACAUUGAUGAAAUUCAUGACGAUAUUCAAAACAUUCUACAAGCUGAGAAAUAA